CGUCCAGUAUCCGCCAUUUCUCGGCCGAUUUCAGAAUUUUCUGGUGUCAAGACUGAUCAAGACUUGUUUUUAUGCACAUGUCGUGUGCCAAAUUUUAUUCUACUACGAGCAAAUAACAGUUUAACAAAGAAGAUAAAUACAAAAAGGAAAAGCAGAACCUGAAAUGCCAGCAGCGUUUGAAGUAAAGUCCAGCUGGGCUGAUGAGGUUGAAGAAGAGGGAGGAACCGUUUUGCCACCAAAUUCUGAAGUGCACGAAAAUGGCUUCAAAAUUCUCACAGAAUAUAAACUCAACGACGACAACAAGAAGGUGAAGGUUGUACGCACCUACAAGAUCGAGAAACGCAUAGUUUCAAAAACAAUUGCCGCUCGUAAAAACUGGCACAAAUUUGGAGACUCUGUUGAUGACCGACCAGGGCCAAAUCCCGCGACUACCGUCAUUGCUGAGGAUGUCUUCAUGCAGUUCAUUUCAAGCAAGGAAGAGGAUAACAAGCUGGAAGAAGAUUCGCUGGAUAAAUUGAAAAGCAUGGGCGAAAAAGGUGUCGUCAAGUGCCGCAAUUGCAAUGGAGACCAUUGGACGACAAAGUGUCCUUACAAGGAUACUGUUCUCAGUGGAGAUGAUAAAAAGCCACUGAUGAAUGCUGCUGGUGCUGGUGCGGCUGCCAUGGCUGAAAUCGGGAAACCACAAGGCAGUAAAUACGUGCCGCCAAGCAUGCGAGACGGCGGAAACAAGCGUGGUGACUCGAUGCAAAUGCAGCGACGUGACGACACGACAGCUAUUAGGAUUUCGAAUUUGUCGGAAAGUACAACCGACGCCGAUCUGGAAGAAUUGGUGAAACCAUUCGGAGCGAUUCAGAAACUCUACCUGGCCAAGGAGAAGCCAAGCAAUGUUUGUAAAGGAUUCGCUUAUGUGCACUUUAAGUAUAGGGCCGAGGCGGCUAAAGCUAUUUCCAUGCUGAACGGUUACGGAUAUGAUCACCUUAUUUUGAACGUUGAUUGGUCCAAGCCUCCGGCGCAAAAUAAUUAGAGGGUUCUUGGAAUCAGAUAAUUAUAAAGAGUUCGAAAGUCACUUAUUUGAAUAAUUGACGAGCGAAUUUGAACGGCAAGGGGGUCGUAGACGUUUUUUCUAAUAUCAGACAACACUAAAUAUCAGAGAAUUUUUUUUUUUUUUUUAGAUUUAUUUCUCGCGCUGUUCUUUUUGAGAAGUUUCAAUCAAAUUUAUUUUUUACUAUUCGUAGGGAUAUUUAUCCGUUGUAUACUAAGGGAAAUAAUAAAGAAACUGGAGAAUUUA